AUUUGCAUAAUGUAUGUUCUUUGUCCACCAGCUGUUAGGCCAGAUGUAAACAAAGCAUUGCGACGGAACUCUGUUGUUGCGCACUUCAAGAGGGAAAAAUAGAGUUUCAUAUGUGAUCUCGGUAUGGUUUUAGUCGACAUCAUACUGUAUACAUUUAGAAUAGAUGGGUCUUUUUGUGAGUGGUUCCUUCUAAAGUGUUUGUUUACCAUGUUGUUACCGCGCCAGUAGUAUUUCGUAAUACAUCUUGCCUGGAUAUUUUUGGCGGUAAAAACGGUUCUCUGUCUCUAACGAUAGCUACCUUUUCAGGUCUGAAUAAUGAAAACAUUCCAGGCCUAUCUACCAGAUAAAUGCCAUAGGACCUACAGCUGCGUUCAUUGCAGAGCCCAUUUGGCAGACCAUGACGACUUGAUAUCUAAGUCUUUUCAAGGUAGCCAAGGACGUGCCUACCUCUUUAAUUCUGUGGUAAAUAUUGGUCAGGGACAAAGUGAAGAUAGAGUUUUACUUACUGGAUUACAUUCUGUAGCCGAUAUAUACUGCGAAUGCUGUAAUACAACUCUUGGCUGGAAGUAUGUAAGUUGAUAAAAUAUUACUUUAUUAAAAGAGACAACAACCAUAAUUGAAAAUAAUUUAAUAUAAAUAUAAAGGAACAUGCAUUUGAAUCGAGUCAGAAAUACAAAGAAGGAAAAUUUAUAAUAGAACUUGCUCAUAUGAUCAAAGACAACGGAUGGGAGGAAUAAAUGAAAAAUAUAUAUAUAUAUAUAUAGAUAUAAAGAGAGAAAGAAGGAGAGAAAAAAAGGAAUAUUACAAUUAUUAUAUAUAUAUAUACAUAUAUAUAUAUAUAUUUCUACAGAAUGGAAAAAAUAUGACUGCAAAAGAAAAAAAAAAAAGUGAAAAAAAGAAAAUUUUUCUUCCGUAUGUUCUCUUGUAUUUGUGUAUAAGCGUUGUACUGAUUUAGAUUACUACCCGCAAAAAAAAUCUAUUUAUUUUCUUUUGGAGUAGGUAACAGUAUUC